AUUUCGCAAUGAAUAUCCAGGAAACGAUGUGACACAGAAACAAUUUGAAACCAAUACACUGAAGGAAUAAAGAAUGAAUUUAAUCUCAUUAGAGGAAACCUGAAAUUCGUUACGUACAUAAUAAGGAUUCAUCACCUACUUCGGUAACAUGUUCAGUUUGCUGUUCACGUCACAGGAGACAGGUAUUGAGGAAAGUGUGGAAAUAAGUUCGAUUGUGUCGUAGUGUACGUUUUUGCUUUAUGGUAAUUUGGAAAUGGAUCACCUACAGAUUAUGAAAUUUGGAUAUGCCAUAGUGAUAGGAGCUUUCAUUCUCAUGAUGUGGAUUUCCAUGUUAGAAUCCAAAGAAAUCGAAUCCGUUCACUACCCGCCGUGUUUCUUCAAUCCUCUGUGUAGUUGUUCGAAGUCCGUGCCGGAUUUGGGUAUCGUCAGGUGCCAAGAUGUUCAUUUGCCAAGAAUUCCAGAAACUGUGAACAUUUCCAAAGUUUUCAUGCUACAUCUAGAGAAUAACAAAUUGAGAACACUGGAGCCUUUUUUUCUUCAAAGUACAGGUCUGUAUAAAAUUAUAAUAAGUGAAAACCCGCUUACUACAAUACCUGAUGAGGCGCUCAUGGGUUUAGAGAGAUCUCUCUGGGAAUUGGAAAUAAGUCAUUGUGAUCUCACAGCAGUUCCUAACAGGGCAAUAAGAUAUUUACAGAAGUUGAGACUUCUAGAUUUGACAGGAAAUGACAUCAACAAAAUUUCUCCUGAGAAUUGGAGAGGAAUUGAGAACUCUUUGGAAGUGCUUAUACUGGCGGAAAAUUCAAUAAACUCCAUCCCAACAGAUUCUUUUUCUGGCUUACCAAAUCUGGAAACGAUAGAUCUCAGAGGCAACAAUUUGAGGGAAAUCGACCCAUCAGUAUUCAGGGAUGGAAUGGGCAGGUUGGCACAUCUCUUACUGAGCGACAAUCAAUUGAGCGCCAUUCCUUAUCAAGCACUACAACCACUCAGAAUUCUAAAAACACUCGAUCUGAGCUACAAUAGAAUAAACAAGAUGAUGCCCGCUACAGAUCCUGGUGUAAACAUAGCCUUCAAUUUCCAACUGAACCUGGACACUUUGAGAUUGGACUACAAUCAGCUGACUAUCCUUGAACCAGUUUCGUUCCAGUAUUUUAGUGUGUUGAACAGAACGUACCUUGAUGGAAAUCCGUUAGCUACCCUGGAAGAAAACGCUUUUAGACAGGCAAACAUCAGAGAGUUGUACAUGAGAAGUUGCGGUUUGACUGAGAUUUCUCCUGCUGCAUUCGGUGGUUUGGACAACUAUCUGGAAAUACUAGACCUGUCUGGAAAUAACAUAUCUUUGCUUCCCCAAGCUAUUUUCCAUCGUUUUGCCUUGUUACGUACUCUAUCCCUGCAAGACAAUAUUGUGACAAGGUUGAAUCCAAUUGAGGCUUUCAAUGGUUUCCAGUUCACCCUGUACAAAUUAGAUUUGAGUGGAACUCAGAACGAACCUGUUUCGCUUCAGGAUUUGAGAAGGUUGAGAAGUUUACGAACUCUUUCCCUCUCAAGAUUAUCACAACCGGAAUUAUCACCUGAAAAUUUUCUGGAAUUUGGUAUAGACUUGGAGGAGCUUCAAAUCAAUUUGGCAAACCUGCAAACCAUUAAGAAUAAUGCUUUCAAAUACAUCCACGCCUUGAAAUCACUCGACUUAUCUGAUAACUCCAUUAAUACUAUCGAAAAUAAUGCAUUUACUGAUAUAAGUCAUUCAUUGACUCAAUUGAAACUAGCCCAUGCUUUAUCUUCUUCGAUGUCAAAUGUACCAACAGAUGCAAUUAAAACUUUGACAAGUCUGAGAGAACUCGAUUUGAGUAACAACAAACUCAAAACAAUGCCCGAUACCUCUUUUCACUUUCUUCAUGAUCUGAGGAAGCUGGAACUUCAAGAUAAUAUCAUCGAAAUCAUUCAUAAAGGUACUUUUCAGGGGGACAUACAUGCAAAUCUUGAGGAAAUCUAUUUUUCGUUCAACAACAUCCGGGCAAUAAGCCAACAUUCCUUUGUCCAUCUUCCGAAUUUGGAGCAGCUUCAUCUAGAUGACAAUAAGAUCGAAUCUUUGGAAAGACGUUCAUUUAUGAACCUAGCACAUAUUAAGCGACUCAAUUUGAAGGGAAAUAAAAUCACCAAGAUAUCUUACGAAGCCUUUCAAAACCUCCCCGAACUAGAAGACCUAGAUAUAUCCUACAACGAGUUGAAUACUUUCGAUUUUACGAUGUUCGAUCAAGUAGGAACUUUGUCCAUAUUCAGCGUCAACGUGAGUUAUAAUAAGUUGAAGGAUCUCCUGGUGAAUGUGCCGAUGAGUUUUGAAUCUAGUGCAGGUCUUGGUAGUGUACAUUCGAAUAUCAAAAUAUUAGAUUUGUCUCACAACAACAUAUCGUCCAUAUCUAAGCAGUUCUUCAGACCAGUAGAUCUUUCUCUGACACAUCUAUAUUUAUCGCAUAACCAUAUUUUGAAUGCAACCAAAGAUGUUUUCGGAAAUUUAAGACAUUUACAGUGGUUGGACAUAUCUCACAAUGGAAUGUAUGAAAUGGAUUUUGAUAUGUUCAGGAAUACUAGGAAACUGCAGGUACUAAUUGCUUCCCACAAUCACAUUGCAGACGUGCCAAGUGACCUGUUUCGCUUUCUGACCUACCUUAGACUGGUAGAUCUAUCUCACAAUAGGUUACGUUCUCUUCCGGAUAACUUGUUUAGAGAAGAAGGGUUGGAGAGGUUGGACAUAUCUCACAAUUUGCUUAGUAAAUUACCACUUAGUAGUAUGUCGGUUGCCACAGCGAUGACUGUAUGUGAACUCGAUUUAUCUUGGAAUAGCAUUUCCUCUUUGUCACAUGGUGGAUUAUUAACUAGAUUCAAGAGGCUAAACUUUCUGGAUUUGUCAUACAAUCGACUGGCUCAAAUUGAUGCUGGUACAUUCAAGAGCUUACCUAGGCUAACGAGUCUGGAUUUGAGUCACAAUAGUCAAUUGACUCUUGAACAAAAUGGGUUGAGCUUUCAAGGACUGGAGUACUCUCUGCUGCAUUUAAAAUUGGAUAAUGUAUCUCUGACGAUGGUACCUACAUUACCGACGCCCAAUUUGGUAUCUCUAUCCCUAGCAUACAAUUCGCUACCGACUGUACCUCCAGAAAUGGCAACCAAUAUGACGAAUUUACAAAGUCUAAACUUGAAUUUCAAUGAUUUGACCGCUGUGCCCAUCGUAACACAUUCUUUGAUGGAGUUACGGUAUCUCUAUAUGGUGGCUAAUCCGAUAACUUUCCUGAGUAAUACUAGUUUAUUGGGUGUCGCAGAUCAUCUGGUUGAGCUAGACAUAAGGAAUGUGGAAUUGAAUUCUUUAGAGUCAGGAGCUUUUUGUAAAAUGUAUUCUCUUAGGAUACUCAAGUUGAAUUAUUACCAAAACAUGAAGAAUUUCAACAUCCCCACUAUACUUCAGUUCGUCUCUGGUUUGAGAAAUUUGGAGAUACAUGUAGAAUCUCCAACUGACAACAAUUUGGAUAAGGAAAUGGCAGGCGAGCUGCCGCCAAAGUUGAGAAAUAUUACGUUCACAGGGAAGGGUCUCAAAAGAUUAGGAUCGAAUGUUUUACAGGGUGUGAGAAGUCCAAUUCUGCAUUUCGGUGUACAUAAUACCAGCUUGAUGAAAAUCGUGUAUGUUGUAUUCGAAAAUAUUGGUUAUGCCAGAAAUUUAACCGUUGAUGUUAGAGGAAAUUCGCUACAGAAUUUGUUGAAUCCUUCCACAGGAACGAAGCCAAAUUUAUAUAAAAAAGUUUUUCUACAGGAACUGAGGAUAUCAGAAAAUAAAUGGUCAUGCGAUUGCGAUUUAGGGUGGAUUGAAUUUUGGUUAAGAAAACGUCGUCAGUAUAUAUGUGAAGACAGUCCAAGCAUACCAUCUUCAGUGAGAGACCCAGAAUAUACAUGUAGACACGCAGAUGACGACCUAAGGACUGCGAAAUGUCAGAACAGGAAUAAUGUUUCAGUCAUCGAAGUCCUCAAAACAGAUAUUGAAUGUGGAUGGAGCUCUGCAGUGGCAUUAGUUUCUUCUUCUUUGUGUUUCGUGGUUUCGAUCGCUUUGUUGAUGGGAUUUGUGUGAAACUAGGAUGAAACUCUCUUGGAUUCGCGAAGAGAAUAUUGUGAAGAUCACAUUCUAGUGUACUGACUUAAUUUGAAGAUAUCUUGUCUGGUGGUUCUUUUCGAACACAUUUGGUUAGCAAAUGAGUGAGUUUGUAUUUAUUUCAUGUAUCAUCCUUGAUUUUAAUCAUGCGUAUAAUUAGGAAGUGAAUUUUUUACCUUUAUGAUAGUGGUGUUUGCUGCUGAUUAUAUUGAUUUUUCAAUGUGUCAUUUAGUAUGUAUUUAGUAUAGGAGGGAUACUUGAACCUCAUCGCCAAAUUCCCAAUUUUUUUGCAACUGUAUUAUAUACAUAACUUAUAUCAAACAAAUACUCAAUUGUGAUUGGAAAACAUGAUACAUUCCUUAUCAAUUAUUCUAUUGUGAACAUUCUUUUCAAAUUUUUUCAUUUUCUGGUGUUAAAAAUUUAUAUGAUUCAAUGUAUCCUAAGAUAUUAUAAUGGUGAUUCUAGAUCAUAGUUUACUUUGUUCCCUGUAAUUAAAAAUGAUUAAAAAUAUCAAACAUUCGUAUUGUUGA